CCUGCAUUCUCUCUCCCUUUCUCAGGAAAGAGCCAAUCCUUGCUUUAUAGUGCAACCAUGACCAGCUAUGGCAUCCAGAGUUUUAGCACCUCAGGUGGGUCCUUCAGUGGAGGCUCCUUUCGGGGCUCUGGUAUAGGUGGACUCUCUCGGCGUUCUGUAAUAAGCAGUAGCAGUAGCUUGAGGGCUCCACGUGCCCCCAGCAUGCAUGGUGGUUCUGGAGGAUCUGGUGUACGCAUCUCCACUGUCUCCAUGCAUCGUGGUGGAGGUAGUGCUGGCCUAGGUCUUGGAGUUGGCAUCGGCAGUGGAGCAAGCUUUGGCUAUGGAAGCGGUGGAGGAGCAGGGUUUGGCUUGGGGUUUGGUGGUGAAGAUCUGGGCAUUAAUGCAGCCAAUGAGAAGGCCACCAUGCAGAACCUGAAUGACCGUCUGUCAUCCUACCUGGAAAAGGUGCGCAACCUGGAGAAAGCCAAUGCUGACUUGGAAGUGAAGAUCAGACAGUUUAUGGAAAACAAGACCUCCCCUGAUGCCCGAGACUACUCUGCUUACGAGAUCACCAUAAAGGACCUGCAGGAUAAGAUACAGGAUGCUACCAGAGAUAAUGGAAGCAUCUACCUGAGCAUUGAUAAUGCUAAACUGGCAGCAGAUGACUUCAGAACCAAGUAUGAGAAUGAGUUGGCCCUGCGUCAGUCAGUGGAGGCAGACAUUGUUGGUCUUAGGAAACUCCUGGAUGAACUGACACUGACAAGGUCAGACCUGGAGAUGCAGAUUGAAGGCCUUAAGGACGAGUUGAUCUUCCUCAAGAAAAACCACGAGGAGGAACUGGAAGUAUUGCGUAGUACCAUGACAGGUAGUGUGAAUGUGGAAGUGGACGCAGCACCUGGAGAAGACCUGAACCAUGUCCUGGCUGAGAUUCGUGAGCAGUAUGAAGGUGUGACUGCCAAGAACCAACGUGAACUAGAGAGCUGGUUCCAGGGCAAGAUCGAUACUCUGAACAAAGAGGUGGCCACCAACACAGCAAAUCUAGAAACAUCCAAGUCGGAGAUCACUGAGGUCAGGCGCACUUUACAAGGCCUGGAGAUUGAGCUACAAUCCCAACUCAGCAUGAAAGCGUCUUUGGAGAACACUUUGGCAGAUACAGAGGCACGCUACUCCAUGCAACUAGCUGCACUGCAAGAUCAGGUAACAUCAUUGGAACAGCAGCUGAUGGGGCUCAGAGCUGAUAUAGAGAGGCAAGCUCAGGACUACAAGAUUCUGCUGGACAUCAAGACCCGGCUGGAGAUGGAGAUUGCUGAGUACAGGAGGCUGUUGGAUGGAGAGGCUGACGGUAUCAAACCAAAAAGCGGCUCAAAUGUGUUGGUGAAGACCAUUUUGGAAGAGGUGGUUGAUGGGAAAGUGGUGUCCUCCAAAACUGCUUAAAUCCAGGGUGGCAACAUUCAACACCAUGAUACAACCUUAACUUCAACCAAAAUACAAUCUUAAUUUCAACAUUAAACCAAGAGAUGCAUGACUCAUGUGAAAUCAUCUGCACUAAAAUGAGAGAAUAAAAUGACUCGUUGACACAAUGA